GUCACGGCCCCUGAUGAAAAGCAAGGCGGUGCAGGGCCCCGAGGUGGGAGUGAAGGCAAACUGGUCAGUCCGGUCCUUCUCUGCGAAGGUGGUGGUGGAUGUCUGGGCGGUGACAUGCCUGUUCAGCCCGUCGGGGAGGAGCUGCAGCCGUGCAAAUAUGAGCGUGUGUAGGUGAGCCUUUUUGCUGUGUUUAGACUUUGACAGGAACCCGAGGAAGAGGAGAGUGGGAGACAAAGGAGAGAGAGAGAGAGAGAGAGAGAGUGUGAGCCUUCCCGACCCCACAUACUAUUUCCAGGAUGUUUCGGAAAAAAGAAUCUUCGGUCAAGGUCAACAGUCCCCAGCCUAGCAACCUGGCCCUGUUGAUCGCCCAGAUGCAAAAGAAUGCAGACCUGGUGGAGAAAGACAUCCUCCGGUCUGAGGACCUCUUGGCUGUGGAUGCUGAAAAUGACAAAAAAGACAUCCCCUUUCAGCACCAGACGGAGAUCUGCGACAAGCUGGGCGAAGCCGAGGCUCUGCUGGAAGACCUCUUUCUGGCUGUGGACAAAGCCAAGAAGCUCAAACACCCACAGGCCAGAGAGAUUGAGAGCGAUGUCCUCCACCUCCAUGAGCGCUGGCUGAAGGACUGUACUUUCUAUCGGGACAUCUAUGAGCAGAUUGACGACGUGUCACUGAUGCCCAGAAUCGACUGGGGACCUGUUUUCAAUGACAAGCAGAAAGCGGUGAGCAGCGAUGUGUUUGGCCCCACCAUGGCCGAUCUGGAGAAACAGAUUGCCUCUCACAGACUCCUGCACCAGGAGGUGGAAGCCUACAACUCACAGCUGUGUGUCAGUUCUGCAGGCAGCAAGGAGAACUACGCGGCCCUCAAGAAGCAGUACAACAAACUUCUGGAAAACUCCAAAUGGCGCGGCCACUACUUGAACAGCCUGUAUGAGUACAUGCAGGGUUGCAACAAGGAGCUGACAUUCUUGGGAGAGGAGCAGGAGAAGAUCAAGAAGCAGGACUGGAGUGACCGGAUGGCAGAUCCUCCGGAUGUUCGCAGGCAGUAUGAGAACUUCAAGAACAACAGUCUGCUGUCACAUGAGAGCGAGGUGAACAAACUGCAAGAUGAAGGGGACAGACUCGUUGAGCUGAAGCACCCAGCCAGUGCCACCAUACAGGCACAGAGAGAUGCCGUGCGCAACGAGUGGCAGAAAUUCCUCCACCUGUGCAUUUGUCAGGAGACGCACCUGGACAAUUUGGAACAAUACAAAAAGUAUCAACUGGACACAGAGCAGCUGUCAGAGACACUGAGCAAACUCAACAAUAGUUUGGACUCGAAGGUCGUCAGCAAGAAGAGCAACUCUGAGUUGAUGCUGCAGCUUGAGGCGGAGGACAAAGCCGUGCAAGACAGUGAACAGCUGCUGGCUGACCUGAGGAGACGCAGCACCACCAUCCCUCCUCUGAAGCAGCGUCGUAGCCCACCUAAUAGAUCGGUUACAGUGGAGUCACUCUGCGACUGGGAGUCUGAAAGGGGAUCCCUGUCAAGAGGAGACAAGUGCACAUUGAAAUCAAACUCUGACAAUGAGAACUGGGAUGUUAUAACAAGCAAAGGGGUCACGAACACCUUCCCAGCAGUUUGCUUCACGGUCCCAUCGCCUGAUCCAGAGGCCAUUAACAAAGUGGACCUUUUGGGUAGUGAACUGGAUGAUAUCAAAAGAAGGAGAGCCAUGUUGGCCACAAACCUCAAGAAUCACAAGUCAGAGAUGGCCAAGUCCCAGCAAUCAGCCCCAGUGUCCACCCAGCUGGAUCCCAAACUGGCAGCGCUGGGUCAGCAGCUAGACAAGCUGAACGAUGACCUGUCCAAUGCUGAGAAAGGCAUGCUGAGCCGCAUGCGAGCCCCAAUGAGCCGUUCCAACCCCACUGGAGAUCUGGCCAACAGGCUGAAGGAACAAGAACAAGCUGCCAAUGCACUGAAAGCCUUGGAGCAGCAGAAGCUUGCAGCUCAGGCCGACCUGCAGCCUCUCCUGUCCAAAGACCCUAAUGGCUCCUCUGCACUGCCACUCAAGCUGAACAGUGCUAACAACAAGCAUGAUGGAAUUGCUGCACUCGCUGACCUCUACACAAAGAAGGCGAAUGCUUCACUCAACCUGGAGGAUCAAAUGAGGAAGGUGGAUGGCCUCAUUUCUGGCUUUGAGAAAAAGCUCAGUGAAGACGGUCCAAUACUUGAUGUGCCAAACUCAAUACAAGCUGCCAAUGACAACAUCAAUCAACAGCGAAAGUCUAUAGCAGCGGCUCAGCCCGACAUGAGGAAGCUGAGUCAGGAUCUGGAGAUCACUGAGCAGCUAUGCAGCUCCCUGCAGCAGGGCUACCAGGAGUUUUGUCCCGACAUCCAGCGUCAGAGGACUGAGGUCAAACACCUGCAGAACCGCUAUGCGAAUGUUGACAACCAACUGAAGGAGAGAGAGAACAUCUUGCAAGAAGCUGCCUCCAAAAACCAAGAGUUCCAAAGCUCAGCCAAGUCCCUGAAUUUCUUUCUGAACAAUCUGCCGAAAAACAAGAUAAACUACAACGAUGACCUGUCUCAGGUGUCUAUGAUGCAGAAUUCACAGGAGAGGGUGAUGGAUGACCUGAAGCGCAAAGGAAAUGACAUGGACAGAGUGACUGACUUGUCUCAAGACCUCCAGAAUCUCCUCGGCGAAUACGACACCAACAUUGACAAAUUCAACAGUACGCUUGAAGGCACCAGUGCCACCAUCACCAAGAGACCUUAUACACUCACCCUUGCCGAGGCUGUUCAGAAAGAGGAAAAGGAUCUGGUCAAUCGUUACUCUGAGGCAUCCGCUGAAAAUGCUCAACGGCAAAAACAGAUGGGGUUGGCUCGUAAUCUCAUUGUACAAAAUGAAGAGAAAGUCCACUUGCUGGCACAACAUCAAGUACAGCUGGAAAGCCAGCAAAGGAAUGCUUCUGAGUUAAACAUUCUGGCCAGAGAGCUCGAAGAAGAGAGGGAAAGGACACUUCAUGUUGAGACCAAUCUAAAAGCCUUCAGAGAUAGGUUGUUGUCACUGAGGAAUCGCAGAGGAGUUGAACGUGUGGAGGAAAAAGAAGUGCUCCAGUACUACCGUGACCCAAAACUGGAGGGCGACUUAAUAGAUUUCCAGAAGAGACUGCAUGAAGAAUCUCUGAGGAGGACCAGCAUCCACAAUGAGGUGGAGAUUUAUAACAAGAAACUCACCCUCCUGGAGGACAACAUAAAAAAUAAUCCACCUAAACUACUGACGAGAGAGGUGACUGAGUUUGAGAAAGAUCCGCUUCUGGAUGUAGAGGUGUCAAAGCUGAGAGACGAGAUAGCCAGAAUGAGAGACGAUAUCCGGCUGCGAGAGACUGAGCACAUUCAGAUCAAGACGGAAAUCGAGAUUCUACAGCAGAAGAAACCACUCAUUAAAGAGAGAGUAGUGAAGAAGGAAGUGGUGAAAGUAGAGAAAGACCCCGAGAUGUUGAGAGCGGUGCGAGUGUUUGAGACCGAAAUUUCUGAUGAGAGUAACAAAAUGAAGUUCAUAAAUGAUAACAUUUUCCAACUGAGAAGCCAGAUUAAUGCACUGGAAAGAGUGAUUCCCAACAUCCAGCCUACAAUCAUCACAAAGGAAGUUAAAAAGGUGGAACAAGACCCUGAACUCAUCACAGAAUCCAAGAGGAUUCGAACAUCUGUGGAGAGUGAGAUGAUGGAAAACAAUGCCUUGUCCAAAGAGCUGCUGGACCUCCACAGUCGCUACAGAGAAGUUAGCAAUCUGAAACCCAAAGUGGAGGUGAAGGAAAUUGUUAAUGAGAUUUACAGGAUAGAUCCGAAUACAGAGGUAGAAAUAUUGCGCCUCAGGAAAGACAUACAGGAGGCCAACACGCAGCGAUCGGUCUUAGAUAGGGAUAUCACAAAGAUUACAUCGGAGCUUAAUAUUCUUCGAUCGCAAAAGCCCAAGGUGGAGCUGAGAGAAGUCCUUCAAGAAGUGGUGAAGGAAGAGAGAAGUCCUGAAAAUGAGAGAGAGAUUCAGAGGUUAAAUGAUCAGAUUCACUUUAUUCACAACAAUUACAACUAUCUCUUAGAACAGGUGAGUACACUCAAGAAAGAGAGAGACGGGUGGAAGGCUGAAAAGUCUAAGGUGGAGACCAAAAUCCUCACCAGAGACGUCAUUAAGUACGAACCUGACCCUCUCUUGGAGAAGGAGGCAGACCGCCUGAGAAGAGAUUUGCGUGACGAGGCGCAGAGGCGCCGCUCGAUCGAAGAGAUGGUGUUCGACCUGAAGAACAAAUACAUCUUGUUGGAGAGACAGAAACCUGAGGAGAAAGUGGUUGUGCAGGAGAUUGUACGUUUACAGAAGGACCCGAGGCAAGUGCUCGAACACGAGAGGCUCAGUCGGAGCCUGGAUGAAGAAGUGACGACUCGCCGUCAUAUUGAACUGGAGUUGCAGCAACUGAGAACAAAGGUGGAAGAGAGGGAGAGGAUCCUCAGAGAGAGCGAUGAGCAACAGAAGAGGAUUGUCGCAGAGUCAGAACUCAGAGAGCUCAAAUUCCGUAUCCACCAGUUGGAGCACGCCCCACCUGCUGUCCAGGAGAAUAUCGUUGUUGAGGAGGUGCUGAAGGUGGAGAGAGACCCAAAACUGGAAAGGCUGACCAAUGGUCUGCGUGUAGACAUGGACAAAGAAACCAGCGACAUCUUGCGUCUCCAGAGAGAAAUACGUAGCAUCACCUUGAAGCUUGAGGUACUCCAGAAAGAGAAGUCUGGUGAGAAGAAAGUGUACAAGGAGGUCGUCCGUGUGGAGAAAGAUCAAGCUGUGGAAGCAGCCAGGGAUCACUUAAGGGAACAGGUGUCUAAGCAAAAAUUUGCAAGGCAGGACAUUGAGGAUCAAAUCAAACGUCUCAGCGCUAAAACAAACCAUCUGAUAAUUACCAAGUCUAGCACCUCAAGAGAAGAGACUACACUAGCCAUGAACAGAGAUGCCUUACUGAGGGAGAAGGACAACCUGACCCGAGAGCUCAGGACCCUGGAGGCCAAGAAGCAUGACAUCAACUUGUCCUUCGAGCAGCAGAGCAGGUUGAUGAGUGAGAGGACGCAGAUGAGCCGGCAAAAGAGCAUGAAGAUGGGUUCUGAACUUCAGCUGCUCGAGAGGGAAAUCCUGAGCGAAAAGGACAAGAUCCACAUGCGUGACGGCACCAUCCGAGACCUCCUGCUGAGCCUACAGAAAGAGGAACAUACAGAAACCAGGACUAAAGAGACCAAUGUGUCCACCAAAAUCACCAUUCUGGAUCCGGAUACUGGAAAAGACAUGUCUCCCUAUGACGCCUACCUGCAGCGUCUGAUCGAUCGGCAGCAGUACAUUCACCUGCAGGAGCUCGAAUGCGACUGGGAGGAGAUCACCUCUACAGGACCUGACGGCGAGACAUCUGUAUUGCAGGAUCGCAAGAGUGGCAAGCAGUACUCUAUUAAAGACGCCCUGAGGGAAGGUAGACUCACACAGAAUGAUUUGGAGAAUUACAAACAGGGCAAACUCCACAUCUCAGAGUUUGCCUUGUUGGUUGCGGGGGAUAAUAAACAUAAGUCUCAUUUCAACUCCGUUACCACGCGGACCAGCACAUCAGUCAAGUCAGAUAUCACUGACUCUACCCCACCAAAAAUGAAUCCAAUCGCUGGGAUCAUGGAUACACACACUGACACCUGCUUCACCAUACGCAGUGCCGCCAUGCGCAAACUUAUUGACCCCACUACAGCCCAAAGGCUUUUGGAGGCUCAGGCAGCGACCGGAGGCAUCAUUGAUAUCACCACCAGGGACAGACACUCUGUUCACAAGGCGGCCACCAGAGGCCUCAUCGAUGAGAGCCAACUCCAGAGGCUCCUCAAUGCUCAAAAGGCCUAUACCGGCGUUGAAGACCCCGUGACAAGACAGCGUCUGUCUGUAGGUGAAGCCGUCCAGAAAGGCUGGAUGCCAAAGGAAAGUGCUACUUGGUACAUGGAGGCACAGCACCUGACGGGAGGGCUGGUUGAUCCCACAAGCACCAAAAGAAUAAGCAUCUUGGAUGCCAUUGCAUCCAAAAUGAUAAACAGCAGCAUAAUGAGAGAAAUUCAAGCUGAAACAAGUUACAAUAAGGAUAUCACAGACCCCCUCUCCAAGCAGAAGAUCAACUACAAGCAAGCUCUGGAUCGCUGUAGGAGAGACCCCGUCUCUGGCCUGCUAAUGCUGCCGGCCUCCUCCAAAGAGUCUGGUUACACUCCGGCAUACAACAGAUUUGGUAGGUUCUAAAUAAGUUUACUGGUUUAUGAAGUGAUGGAUCGAAGAAAAUGCACCAAUACAUUUGGGAUCAUUGUACAAACAAACAGUGCAUACAAUGUGCAUUUUUCUGACUCAGGCAAGCAUUUUGUGAUGACAAAAAUGAAUGCUGCAGAGUCCCCUCUGUUUACCAAACAUGUGAGAUCUUUGCAAGAUGUCUUUAUAACAUAUUUUAGAAGAUUACAAAUGAAGUAACUUUUUGAUGAUAUUAUUGUGGAAUACUGGGACAUGGUGCAAUGCUAUUUUACCAAGAUGAAUAUGAUUCUGUAUUACUGGUGGGCUAUCCUUGACACUGUUGUUUGAUACUUUAUGAAGAACAUAUCAAUAAAUUUAAAUUAUAACAGA